GAGGGGGCCCGCCAUGAAUGCCAAAAGUUUCAUGCCAUUGUGUCCGAGUUCGGCAAUGGACUACUUUUAGUUGCUGCCUUCGGACUCUUGAUCCCAAGUACCUUAUACUCUGCCCUCAACCACGAGAAUUUUACCGAGGGCACUCUUCAAGCCGAUGUCCUCCGCAUUAGUCAGGCAAUCUCGAUUGCUCUCAUUGUUGCAUUUAUACUUCACGUCUGGGCCUCUGGCGAUUACAGUUACGUCUGGUAUCAGGCCAACAGCCAUAGCAGCAUCUUCGAUGAGGUCAUUGAGAUAGACGAGCAACGCGACGCUGACCGUAAAGGGGAUAUGGAGAAGCCCAAGUUCACCUUGACUGGAUCUAUAAUCGUCCUAUUCAUAUCAUGGUCAUCACGUUACACUCUACCAUUGCCUGGCUCCUUCCAUCCAUGCGGCUCUCCUCAACGGGCCACGGUCGUUUUGGUUGAACGGGCUCUGGAGAACCCCAUGGAUCUCGACUGUCGGACAUUAAUGAUAGCUCUUCUCGUCCUAUCAAUUCUCGUCGUGGGAAAUUAUCUGCGGGAUGGAGAAUCAACCUAA